UAUGGAAAUCCAUCAAAGCAUAAGGGAAGGGGAAUUUUUAUCAGACGUUACAGUUGCGACUGCCUUGGUAGACAUAUAUGCAAAAUGUGGAAGUAUAGAUAAGGUAUGUGAAUUGUUUGACAGAAUGCCUCAAAGAGAUGUCGUCUCAUGGAAUGCAGUGAUUGCAGGAUAUGCACAACACGGAUUUGUUGAUAAGGCUUUCGAAACUUUUAAGCAAGUGCAAUUGGCAGAUACAAACCAAACUCCAAAAUCUUUUGCCGGCAUCCUCCCUGCCUGUGCGAAAACCGGAGCUUUGGACCAGGGUAUGGAUAUCCAUAACAGCAUAAUGGAAGGGGGAUUUUUGUUAGAUAUUAUGGUUGGAAAUGCUCCAGUAGACAUGUAUGCAAAAUGUAGACGCAUAUAAAAGGCACGUGAACUGUUUGACAAAAUGCCACAAGGAGAUGUGGUUUCAUGGGCUGCAAUGAUUUCAGGAUAUAAACAAAAUAGAGUUGUUGAAUCUUCUAGAAACGUUCAAUCAAAUGCAAUUGGAAGGUGUAAAGCCAGACUGAACAAUCUUUGCCACCUGCCUGCGUCAAAACGGGAGCUUUGGAACAGGGAGGUCAAAAUCAAAAGGAUUUCCCAGCCCUACUGGAAAUUCACGGGACAACAUUUAGUCGAAGCGACAGCCAAUUUUACCGACAGGAAAGUAAUUGGGAAGGCCGAUUUGGAACAGUUUACAUGGGCAUCCUCGCCAAUGGCCAAGCAGUAGCCAUAAAACGGAUGGAAUUAUCAUUCUCAGAGGAUCGUGAAUGUUGUCUAAAACAUUUGUUUUCAGAGCUCCAGAUUUUGUGGCAGCUUCGUCACAGAAAUCUUAUGAGAAUAUUAGGCUAUUUCUUCAAUGAUCAAGAAAUGAUAAUCGUCUCCAAAUUCAUGCUUAAUUUUAGUCUAGAUGUUCUGUUGCACCGUACGUUGAAAUGCAGAUUGGAUUGGAGGCGAAGGUUGAAUAUAGCCGUUGGCGUGGCGCACGGGUUGACUUAUCUUCACCAUGAGUGCAGGAAUACAAUUGUGUACUGUGAUCUGAAACCGGGAAAUAUACUUGUUGAUGAAUAUCUGGAACCCCAUAUUGCUGAUUUUGGCGUUGCAAGGAUUAUGAACAAGAAUGAGUUCACACCCAGCUCUUCAGGCUUUGGCUUUACAAUUGGGUACACAGCGCCAGGUAUGGAAGCCAAAAUCAAAAGAAUUUCCCAGCCAUACUGGAAAUUCACGCGACAAGAUAUACUUGAAGCAACAGCCAAUUUUAGUGACGCGAAAGUAAUUGGAAAAGGCCGAUUCGGAACAGUUUACAUGGGAAUCCUCCCUAAUGGCCAAGCAGUAGCCAUUAAAAGAAUGGAAUUUUCAGAGGAUAGAGAAUGUUGUCUAAAGCAUUUCUUGUCAGAGCUGGAGAUUUUGGGCCGGCUUCGUCACAGAAAUCUUAUGAAAAUAUUAGGGUAUUUCUUCAAUGGUCAAGAAAUGAUAAUAGCGUCCAAAUUCAUGGCUAAUUUUAGCUUAGACGUUCUGUUGCACGGCCCACUAGAUUGCAGACUGGAUUGGAAGCAAAGAUUGAAUAUAGCCGUUGGAGUUGCGCAUGGGUUGGCUUAUCUCCACCAUGAAUGCAGUAACACAAUUGUGCACUGUGAUCUGAAACCUGCAAAUAUUCUUGUUGAUAAACAUCUGGAAGCCCAUAUUGCUGACUUUGGCGUGGCCAGGAUUAUGAACAACAAUGAGCUCACACCCAGCUCUUUAGGCUCUGGCUUUACUAUUGGGUAUACAGCCCCAGAAAAAGCAUAUCAAGUGAGACUUUCUCCAAAAGCAGAUAUAUACAGUUAUGGAGUUCUAUUGUUGGAACUAAUAAGUGGUGUUAAGCCAACGAGUUCAAGCUUAAUUGACAAGGGGCCCACCCUUUCACAGUGGGCAAACAAAGUAUAUAUAGAGAAUAACUUGAUAGAGUUCAUUGAUGACUAUUUGAAAAGUGCUUUUAGGAAUGAUCAGAUUUAUGAUGCAAUGAAAAGAAUUAUAAAAUUAGGAAUCAUUUGUACACAGGAAAAUCCAGAAAAAAGACCUGAUAUGAAAGAUGUGGUUAUGAUCUUAAAGAAUAUAAAACAAGAAGUCAGAGAAUUCAAUAUGCCAAUUUCAGUAUUGAUAGAACAAGAACACCAGCAUCCUGACACUUUAACCUCUUCCUCUAUGUCUUCUACUCAGUAAAUUAUAAGUUUCUGUUCUACAAUAUGUAAUAAAAUCUGACCUAUACUCAAUGACAUCUAACUUUCACAAUCUA